CGCAGCAUGUUGAAAGAGCUUAAUCCAUCAGACAAUGGACAAAGACUUGAAACAUCCUCAGAUUCAGUAACUACAGCCUACAUUUUAGUGGUCAGUGGAAAGGGAUUGCAUUUCGAGUCACAGACAAGACGAGUUUGUCCGGAAGGUUUUAGUUGUCAUUUAAUUAAAGUCUGUCCAUUUGCUUGGAAUUUAUAUAAAGUAGGUAGGAGCCCACAAAUUUGCGGAUGGGUAAAUGAUAUACCAUUUGUUUGCUGCCCAGAUAAUACUACACAUGAGCAGUCUUACAUUGAUGAGAAAACUGAAGAUGUUGCACCAAAUAUUAACGAUGAAAUUCCUCGACCAAACGAAGAAUUACCAUACAGUGGCGAAACACCUGAGGGUGAAGAACAAAAACCUGAUGAAGAAGUGCCUUUUCCAACUGAAAAACCACCUAAUAAUAACGAAAAUCCUGACGAAGUGGCACCAUCUAUUGAUGAGGAAAUAGGGAUGUCUACAGGGGACUACACCUUUUACUUAGAAGACAAACAGGAACUAAGAACAGAAAGAAAUCCGAUGAAAAUCAGUCUUACUAGCUCUGGAGGCUGUGGCUAUAGAAAGAGUGGCAAUUCGUCAAAUGUACAUUUGACAGCAACUAGCACGCCGUCCUCAAAUGACGAUACUGUUAGAACGGCUGUUGUAGGAGGUACUACGGCCAAUCAGAAAUGGACAUGGAUGGCAGCCAUAUUUAACAGGAAAGGCUGGAGACCAUUUUGUGGAGGCACUGUGAUCGACGAUAGACAUAUCAUCACAGCCGCUCAUUGUUUUGACCAUAGGAAUAUUAACCCAAAUCUAUAUGUAGUGAAGAUUGGUGAAAUUGAUUUAAGAUCAUCAGAUAUCACAUACGAAAUCGAAGAUAUCAAGCUGCAUGAAAGUUAUCAGUCCGCCUACUAUUACGAUGACAUCGCCAUCAUACAACUUGUCAAAAGCUUGCCUGCAGAUGUCAUUCCUGCUUGCCUGCCGAAAGAAGACAUGUUGAUUGAAGGUGACAGCGUCUUGGUUUUAGGAUGGGGAGAUUUAUCUUUCGGAGGACGAAGUUCUAAUACACUCCAAGAAGCACAUGGAUUGCCAGUGAUUGGAAAUCAACAAUGCAACGAUAAAUUUGCGAAGCUACCUGGCAAUCAUUUCCCCUUAGGAAUCACUCAUAAUAUGAUUUGCGCUGGUCUUGAAGAAGGAGGUGUUGAUGCUUGUCAGGGGGAUUCCGGUGGUCCCUUGCUUCGUGAAUAUGCUAAAGAUCGCUGGGCUUUGAUCGGUGUUGUCUCUUUCGGCUUUCGCUGUGCAGAGCCAGGCUUCCCAGGAGUCUACACUAGAGUUUCGUCUUAUCUUCCGUGGAUAAGGAAGUACAUCGACGAGCAAAGCCAAAAAGGGGCACCACGACCUAUUUAUGUCUUGUUUAGCAAACCUCCUCAAUUACUGACUGUAUAUAUUUCACUGGUUGACGGCAAUGGAAUUUACUAUGAGAUUCCGACAACACGCGGCUGCCCAUCAGAACAUUACAACUGUUGCGCCAUCACAAGCUGCCCAGCUGCCUGGACUUUACUCAGAUCGGGGGAACAGCCAAAAGUUUGCGGAUGGUUGAACAGAUCGCCAUUAGUUUGUUGUCCUCAGUUUGAUCAAGAAUCUAUUCAUCAAAACUCUCAUUAUUAUGAUGAAGAACCCCUUUAUGUUCCUGCACAGCCUCAUUAUAUCCUUAGGGCACCUUUGAUAGAAGAAGAACUUCCCCAAACCACAGUAGCGAUACUGCCUUCUAUAAGAUAUUUGCCUUCUGCGGGAUAUUUAUCUUCACACGCAAGAUUACCUGUUGUAGGAUAUUUACCAUCCAAUGAAAGAAGAUUAUCUUUCACAGGAAAUAUACUUCCCAAUGGAAGAAAGUUAUCAUUCAAUGAAAAAAUAUUACCUUUUAGUGAAAGAAGGAUUCCUUAUAGUGAAAGAAGGAUUCCUUAUAGUGAAAGAGGAAUUUCUUAUGGUGAUAAAGGAUUACCCUUCAAUGACAGAAGUCUUUCUCUUAGUGAAAAAGGAUUACCUUUAAGUGAAAAAAGAUUAACUUUUAUAGAUAGAUGGUUUCCUAUUAGUGAAAAAAGAUUACCCCCUGUUAGACAAGAUACACCUCUUGCGGGGAAUUUACCAUCUAAUGGAAAUCAAUCACUACCUACCAGUGAAACAGGUGUUCCAGGAGAAAAAACACCUUUUAAUGAUGAAAAAGCACCUACUGAAGAUUUUCCAUCUAGUGAAGAAGAAUUAUAUCCUGUAGGAGAAGAAACUCCUUAUAAAGACGAUGAAAUACCUUCUGAUUUACCAUCUAGUGAAGAAGACUUAUCUCCUGUAGGAGAAGAAACACCUUUUAAUGACGAAGUAACACCUUCUACAGAUGAUGUACCUUCUAAUGAAAGAAAAUUAUCUACCAUAACAGAAGAUACACCUUUUAAUGACGAAGUAACACCUUCUGCUGGAGACUUUCCUUCUAAUGAAAGAAGAUUAACAACUUCAAGGCCUCUUGAAGAAAGAAGACGAUCUUCAGAUUUAGAAAACCCAGCUCCUGCCGGUGAAACGAGACCUGAAACAACAGAAGAAAGAAGACCGCUAAAGAUCAGUUCAGCAAUAUCCGAAGUUUGUGGCACUAGAAUAGUGGACAGAUCAUCAGACAUUCCGGAAGCAGAUAUUCGCAGCAUCGACCAGGAUUCGCCGCAAACUACCACAAGUGCCCCUGCAGGAGGGGGGCGUCGCUUCAUUGACAUGUUUAGAAUACAAGUUGUGGGAGGUGCAAGAACCAAUGACAAAUGGACUUGGAUGGCUGGACUAUUUAAUAGGAACUCCACGAUUCCAUUCUGUGGAGGAUCCGUCAUUGAUAACCAACAUGUUCUGACUGCAGCCCACUGCUUUAACUCCAAAGGGCUCGAACCAAGCCAGUAUGUGGUUAAAGUUGGACAAAUUGAUUUAUCGGAAAUGAAUCCGAUCUAUGAAAUUGAAGAAAUAAAAAUACAUGAUAAUUACCAACCCGACUUUUACUAUGAUGACAUUGCUGUCAUUCGCCUUAAACAGAUCCUGCCGCCUGAAACAUAUCCGGUUUGUCUUCCGGAAGAAGAUAACCUCAUCCAGGGUGACAAUGUAACUGUUUUAGGCUGGGGUCGACUGUCUUUUGGUGGUCGAAGCAGUAGAGCUUUACAACAGGCAGAUGGCAUACCGAUUGUUAGAAAUGAAGAUUGCAAUGCUAACUACUCCAGUGUAUCUGGCAAUAAGUUUCCAUUUGGCAUAACAGAUAGAAUGCUCUGUGCAGGCCGCGAAGAAGGAGGAAUAGAUGCUUGCAGUGGUGAUUCUGGUGGUCCAUUGCUUCGAGAAUUCACGCAAGACCGCUGGGCUCUAGUGGGUGUCAUUUCUUUUGGCUUUGGUUGUGCAAGAGCAGGAUUCCCAGGAGUCUACACAAGAGUUGCGAACUAUUUGCCGUGGAUUAUAGAAAACGUUAAUGACUUAAACCUAAGAUUUGGAGAGCUAGUUAAUGUAACGAUGAAUCCUCAAUGAAAAGAUAUCCAAUACUUUCUCGUUGAUUUUUUUUUCAAAAGAAUAUAUAUCAAUUAUUGUUGAUUGAAUUGUAUUGAAGGAAUGCCAGUGAAAUUAUCUUUAAAAAGUCAUAUACAGGGUGAUCAAGAAAUAACAGGAGAUGUUCGAAGCUCUGUAGCGUGUUAUGUACUGUACUAAAUAUAACAAAAUUUGCCCAUCAUACACAUUAAAGUAUCGAUUUUAUCAAGAACAAAAAAUAGUACCAAGAAAUACCGAAAGGGUAAACCCUGGGGAUGCAAGCGCAUAAUACGUGGAAAAAGAAUACAUAACUUCCAAUGGAAACAGUAAAUAGCAACACACCAAAUACCAAUGAAAAACGUUUAUUAUAGAAACUUACAAAUUUGGCUCAAGGUGGCCGCCAACUUGAUGUUCCAAUAACUGCAUGCGGUACACGUGGUUUUCGACGGUGGCUCGAAGCAUAUCGGCAUUUAUUACAUGUAAUGUAAUUUGAUCCUUUAAAGUAAGAAUGUCAAGAACAUGUGUCAUCAGUUAAUGGGUGUUAUCUUAUACGGAUGAAAUUUCAGGAUCUUACGCAUUGUCUUCUGCAUCGUCGAGAACUUGGUUUCUGUUUGUCAUGAUAUUGAACGUGCACUGCUGGUUCCCUGCUUAUUAGCUAUCGCCUGAUCCAUAACGGCAGUUGCAACUUCUUCAACUUGUUCCUGCUUGAUAACUUUACGUCCUCGGCCUGGUUGCACACGAAGAAUUCGUGUUAUUUCAAAUCCUUCAACCAUUCUUCGUAAGUUAGUUAUGGUCAUCGGUCCUCUACGUAACUCUUUUAACUGCCAGUAUUCAGCACUGGCAUUUUCAUCCCGCUGAUAAAACAGCUUGACUAAUAAGGCGGGUUCACGUAAAAACAAAGCAAUUGAGGGCGAAUUCUUGCAGUAUGAUAUAAAUUCCCACAACCCUUCCUUUUAUCUUCGAAGUCAUGUCACAAAGUACCCUAUAAGCACUUUACAUAAUAAAAUUUUCGAUCGCAGCGCCAGGGUUUCUCCUAUCGGCGUUUAUUGCUACUAUUUGUUUUUUCUUGAUAAAUUGAAACCGCGUACUUUAAUGUGUAUGGUGACCAAAUUUUGUUACAUUUUGUCGAGUACAUAACACGCUACAGAACUCCGAACACCUCUUGAAAUUU